AUGGAUCCAUCCGUCCAGUCCUUCCAGGAGCAUCUGGAGACCACUCUCAAGGAGCACACCGCCGCGAUCCACGCCUCCAACUCCAAGAUCGACGAUCUCGUGGCUUGGCGCCCCGAUCUCGAGCGGCGCGUCGCCGAUCUGUCCGAUGCGAUGAUGGCACUCCAGCGUGCCCCGCUGCCACCGCCGCCGCCAGAAAGGGCACCCCACCAGGCGCCUUCGUCGAGUCAUCCACCGCCUGCGACAACCGGCACCCACAUCAGGGCCGCGUCUGGCGCGGCAACAAAUCAACAAGGGCCCGAAGGCCACGCCGUCUACAACAUCCCACGGGGGCCAUCGACGGUGUCCUUCCUGACACCGCCACCGCCCCCAGGAAACGGUCCGUACGACGGCCCCCCUUCACCUCCUGCUCUUUCCCCGUUUGCGCACGCGAGCCAGCUGCUCAGCGGCCUCGGCCAAGCGCACCCCUCCAUCCAGUUCCCACAGUUCACGGGUGACAACCCGAAACUAUGGAAAACGCUUUGCGAGGAGUACUUCAAUAUGUUUGCUAUUCUGCCUUCGUUUUGGGUGCCCAUCGCCGCGCUGAAUUUCUCUGGUUCGACGUCCAUCUGGUUGCAAUCCAUUCAGAAGCGGCAUAGUGAUUUUGACUGGGAGUCGUUUACUGCUCUGUUAUGCACCCGUUUUGGCCGUGAUCGGCACCAAACACUGAUCCGUCAGUUUUAUACUAUUCGGCAAACAACUACAGUAGCAGAUUACAUUGAGCAAUUUGAAUCCAAUAUCAAUCACCUCAGUUCAUAUUCUGACACCAUUCAUCCUUUUUACUUUCUCACUCGUUUUGUGGAGGGCCUCCGGAAGGAUAUUCGAGCAGUGGUGUUGGUCCAAAGGCCACCGGACCUGGACACUGCUUGCGCUCUGGCACUACUUCAGGAGGAGGUGGCCGACGGCGCAGCAUCUACCAGCAGGCGCCCACAGGAGACGCCAGCCCGAGCGGGCCUGGCGCUUCCCCUGCCUCCACCAACCGCCCGACCGGAGCCAGCCACAGUGGCCACGACUGAUGUGGAUCGUCGCGGCACUGACGCCGCGCGAGCCGACACAUCCAAAGUCAAAGCUCUUCGGGAUUAUCGCCGCGCUCGGGGAUUAUGCUUCAAGUGCGGCGAGCGCUGGGGACCCGAACACGUCUGCCCAAGCACCAUCCAAUUGCAUGUGGUCGAAGGGAUGCUUGCUCUUUUGGGAGCCGAUUCCAUCAGUGACAAUGAGGGGGACAUCCAGCAAGUCCAUGCCAUCUCACGGCCAGCUCUUGAUGGUGGCGUCUCACCCAAAGCUUUCCAGCUACUAGCCACCAUGCAGAAUAGAGAGGUGUUGAUCUUAGUGGACAGUGGCAGCUCGACUUCUUUCAUCAACAAGAGACUAGCUGAUCAACUUACAGGUUCAAUUCCUCUGCCUCGACCCUCACGGGUUAAGGUAGCUGACGGGGGCGAACUUCUCUGUACAGAGUCCAUACCAUGCUGUCAGUGGUCGUCGCAAGGACUUGAUUUUGUCACUGAUAUGAAGAUCCUACCACUGGGUGUAUACGAUGCUAUCCUUGGCAUGGAUUGGUUGGAGCAGCACAGUCCGAUGUUGACUGGAAGCACAAACAUCUCCAGAUUCCUACACCAAGAGGAUCACUCAUGCACAUCUGUUUGCUAUAUCCUAUCAACAAGGAGCAGGGGCCCAAGCAAACAGAACCGCCGGAGCUGA